AGCCCACCUGACUGCCGACAGACAACGUCGCCACAGCCAGUCGUGUUUCAAAGCGGAGACCGCACCAGGACACACGUUACAGUUCUAUUGGAAACGUAAAAGAGGUUAAAGUAAAGCAAGAUGGCGACGACGCAUCUCGACGUUGGACUUAGGUGCAUCAAGUAUCUACUAUGCGCCGUAAAUUCACUUUUUGUGAUAACCGGUGUAAUGAUAAUUUCCGUCGGUACGACGAUCUACGCCAUCUACGAAGAUUUUUCACACUUUUUGGACCCUAGCUACUUCUCUCCAGCUACUGUUCUUAUCGUGGUCGGUGCCAUGAUCUUUGUAAUUGCUUUUCUGGGCUGUUGCGGUGCCAUCAAAGAGAGCACUUGCAUGAUCCUUGUUUUCGCAGUCUCCUUGUCUUUGGUACUCGUGAUGGAGUUUGCAGCUGCAAUUUCAGCCUAUGCACUUCAAGGAGGAAUCAAAAGCUUAUUGGCCGAACAUAUAAACGCGACUAUGUAUGAUUACGAGCAGAAUUCCGAAGCCAAAGUGGCUGUAGAUUUCAUGCAAUCCAGGUUAAGAUGCUGUGGAUUUGAUAGCUAUCUGGAUUGGAAGAAUGUUCUGUCCGAUGAAACAAAUGGGCAAGGUGUACCGGAUUCUUGCUGCGCUUGGAAUACCGUGGUUAAUGAAUUUAAUAAUAUUACCGAAUGUGCAGGAAUUUAUGAAGAGGGUUGUAUAGGUCGUCUGUCCAUCAUUGUUCAUCGUAGCGCAUUGUAUCUGGGAACUGGUGCCAUUGCUAUUGCACUGAUACAAAUGACUGGAAUAAUGUUUGCCUGUAUGCUUGGCAAAGCUGUCAGACGUCAGAAAAUCGAGAGGGAAAGACGUCGUUGGGAACUGAGGGAAAGCAUUGUUAACGGAUACGAGCCAAUUGGAAAGACGGAUCCGCUUACGACAUAUCCGGUUGUCUAUAUGCAAUCGCCAGACUAUCCUUUGAAGAAAGAGUCUAUUUAAAGGGAAUAAGAUAAUUAUUAUUUAAAUAACGAGUACUGGCCAAACGCCGAAAUUACUACUGAAGACACCGUACUAGUAGAGUAUUAGAAAUUGAAGAUUAAUAAUUUUUGUCAAAAUAUUUUUAAAAAAGUAUUGAACGAGUGGUCAUGUAAGAUUGACGAAGGAAAGAGAGAAGUUACAAGCAUCGGACGUGUUCUCCUUUUUUUUUUUUAAAGAGAAACCAUACAUUCAUACGCAAAGCCACUUUCCGAGUGACUGAUAAAGAUAGGAAGGAGUCGGUGGGACUGAUAAUAGUAUUUCAUUUUUUUGUUAAUCUAAAAAACAAGCCUGUAAGGUAUAAAUAAAAAUAGCCUUCAUGACUCAGA